AGAGCUCUCUCGACCGAUGCUGCAAAACUCAGAAACACAGUUACAGAAACAACCAAAGCUGGGCCUCUUGUUGAGUAUGAACGAAGAAUUGCUAAUGGUGAACUUGUAGAAGGAGAUGCUUGCCAGGUUGACACUCUAUCAGAACUUCAGAGACUAUAUGAUGAGCUUGUUGAGUCUGCUGAUGUCUGCCAACUGGAUCGCAAUCAUGAAAAACCUGUAAGGAGUGGGUGGCUGUGGUCUAGGCUCUUGUCACAUCCUUCUUACUCACCUGUAAAAGGUUUAUAUCUUUUUGGAGGAGUGGGUACUGGUAAAACUAUGCUGAUGGACUUGUUUUUUGAUCAAUUGCCCUCUAAUUGGAGGAAAAAGAGGAUUCAUUUUCAUGACUUUAUGUUGAAUGUACAUAGCAUGUUACAGAAGCACAAGGGGUUGUCAGAUCCACUUGAUGUGGUUGCAGGAGAGAUUUCUGAUGAUUCAAUUUUAUUAUGCCUUGACGAAUUUAUGGUAACAGAUGUAGCAGAUGCAUUGGUACUAAAUCGCUUGUUUAGACAUUUGUUCAACAAAGGCAUUAUUCUAGUAGCCACAUCGAAUCGUGCACCAGAUAAGCUGUAUGAAGGUGGACUGCAGAGGGAUCUCUUUCUACCCUUCAUUGCAUCACUGAAGGAAAGAUGCGUAGUACAUGAGAUUGGUUCAUCAGUUGACUACCGCAAAAUGACUUCGGGCGAAGAAGGAUUCUAUUUCGUUGGGGGAGACUUAUCUGGAUUUCUCAAGCAAAGGUUUCAACAGUUGAUUGGAGAAGGUACAGCUACUCCCCAAGAAGUAGAAGUAGUUAUGGGAAGGAAACUGCAAGUUCCAUUGGGAGCUAACGGAUGUGCCUAUUUUCCUUUCGAGGAACUUUGUGACAGACCUCUUGGGGCUGCAGACUAUUUUGGGUUAUUUAAGAAGUUCCACACGUUGGCUUUAGAAGGCAUUCCAAUUUUUGGGCUUCACAAUAAAUCAGCUGCACAUAGAUUUGUCACUUUAGUUGACGUAAUAUACGAGAACAAGGCCAGACUAUUAUGUACUGCUGAGGGGACUCCUCAAGAUCUCUUUGAAAAAAUAGUAACAAUAUCUGAAGCUAAAAAUAUGGCUCCCAGAACCUCUUCAAGAUCAAGGAAAAAUGAUGAUUCUAAUCUUUGCGUGGAUAAUGAAUUGGGGUUUGCAAAAGACCGCACCAUUAGUAGGUAUGAUUCAAUCGGCGCUUUGUUUAGUCGGAAUAUUCUCGCCAAGUUACGAAUUUACCCUUUCGCUGUCUCUAAUUUUGGUCAAAGCGCAAUACCUUCUUAA